AUGUUCAGCAAAAUUUAUAAUUUAGCAAUAGUUGAGGCAAAAGAGCAGCGUAAAUUUAAAGCUGUCCACCAACUGCUAAUUGCUAAAGCUGUUUAUGAAAUAACCUGGCCUGAUGGAAAUACAUUGCCAUUACUAAAAGAGGCUGAACAAAUAGAGAAGCAAAAUCCUCUUCUUACUUCAAAAGUUAUCAUGGGAAAACGAAUGUGUUACCAUGGGAUUCACUUGCUAAUACAUAGAGCGGCAACAAAAGGAGGCAAAAUUCUUGAAAACGGGAUAUCUCUAUUGAGUUCUGAAAAUACUGUACUUAAGCUUUUAAGCUUCCAGAUUCUUGCUUUGUUUGGUACUCAGAGAAAAAAGAUUUCUUAUUACCGGAACAUUGUUUUAACUGAAUGCGCUAAGAGACCAUCCCUGUAUGCUUUCUUCAAAGCUUUACAAGAGGAUAAUUGCACUGACGAGAAAGAGAAUGAAAGCCUGAAAGCUAAAAGUGAACCACUUGUCUUGGAGCUUGGUCUUCUCAUCCACUCUAUUGCGGAAGGCUAUAACAUGAACCAGGUUAUAUAUAAACUUGGUUUGUCCAUUUCCAAGUUACAGAAAGAAGUCGAAGUCGAGGCACAGAACGACCGUCUUUACCGCCCACUUCUCUUACUCGUUGAAACCGCCGUGGAAGGGGUCAAAAUAAAGCAAGAGAGUCCAGAGGCGUUGCAGCUCACUCUUGAUAAUUUUAUAGCAAAAAACGGUCGGCUGAACGCGGAUACAGCCGCAAGGUACCAUUACAUUGGAAAAACUCUAGGCAAACUAAAUAAUUAUGACGCUUCUUUGAAAUCUCAUUAUGAAGCACUAGACAUCAGACUGGAGCUUUAUGGGUACAAUCAUGCAGAUACCGCCGGGAGCUAUUACGAGAUUGGAGUUGUUCAGCUUAAUAAAAGAGAUUACGAAUCAGCACUGCAAUCGUUCAAGCAAGCACUUGAUAUCAGAGAAAAUCUUUACGGAAAAAUCCACUUAGCCGUUUCCCGCAUUUAUUUUUGUAUUGGAGUGACAAAAUAUCGCUUGAAAGAGUACGAUUCAGCUGCGCAUUGGCAUCUGCAAGCCCUUGAUAUUAGAGUGGCGCUGUAUGGAAAGGAACACCCAGCCGUCGCUACAAGCUACUAUUCGAUUGCAGAAUGUCAGUGCGAAAUACAAGAUUAUGAUUCUGCUCUGGAGUCAUGUCAACAGGCACUUGAUAUCAGGUUAGAGCUUUUUGGACAGGAGAGCGAAGAUACAAGCGAGAGUUAUGACCAAAUGGAAUUGAUACGAAGUCUAAAGAAAGUUUGCGAAUCAUCUCUCGAGCUACAGAGCAAAAAUUAUUGA